GCUCAAGCCAUUUUGGCUCAAGCCACGGACCUGGCCCAAGGCCCCGCGGCGCAGCGCGGCGGCGCGCCCGCGCGAGGCUCCUCCCGCCCCCCUCGGCCGCACACCGCCCCGCCGGCCGGCCAAGGGCAGCCAUGGACUCCGAGAUCCACGCAGCCAAGCACCUCGGCUUCGGAGACAGGGAGCGCCGCUUCGACGCGGCCUCGAAGUUCGGCGGCCGCGGUGGCCACACGCUGAGCAUCGCCAUGCCGAGGGCCCACGUGCCGGAGCCGUGCCGCGACGUCUUCGCGUGUGGGCCCGGCCUCGCCCUGGACCUGCACGGGGCCGCGGCCCUGCGCCGGGCGGCGGAGUUGGAGGCCAGCGGGGUGGUGAAGAGCGUGGCGCGGAGCGCCGACUGCCCCGACGUGGUCGUGACGACCUACCUGGCGCCGGAGGGGGGGCAGCAGCUCGCUGUCUCUUGCCUCAGAGCUGGGGCCAACACGCGGCGCUACGCCCGGGGCUUCGACCUGGUCCACAUGGGCUGCUCCAGGUGCGGGAAGAACAGGGGGACGUGCAGCGGCUGGAAGGGGAGGACGAAGGUGAGGCGGCAGAGGCUCCGCCGGCAGUUUGCGGCGGCCUUCGACGCAGAGGGAGCGGAGGCCACGCAUGGCGACGUGGACAGAGGGGCGGGCCCUGGGGAUCCAGCAGAGGCGAUCGAUUUCGCCGAAAUCUGGUCCGCCGAGGGUCGCAGGGCAGCGGUGUGCCCGCAGCCUGCAGGCAAGGAGCAGAGCGUGAGGGUCGCUGGCGCCUCGGUGCUCGCCGCGCAGAUGCCGGCACUGCAUCGCGAGGACUCUUGGGUCGUAGUGGAUGUGCCCCAGGUGCUCAUCGUGUAAAGUUUUGGAGACGGGCAAGCCGUCACAAGAGCGACCCCGGAUCAGGCCUUGGGCCUGACGGUGCGGCGGGGCGCGUGGGUUAGAGUGCAGCGGCAGUGUACAGUGUACAGGAUCGAAGCGCACAUCUGCCCCACGCGUGUUCUGACCAGCGUACCAGCGUGCUGUCAUGGCUGCGCACGUGCCAUCUUGUUGCAAGGACAAAAAAAAAAGGUCGAACGAUCCACGCGGUGUCAGAAAGCAACGCGGAGGUCGCCG